GCGGCGGGUAGGGGGAGUCGCAGGCAUGAGCGGGAGCAGGGCCGGGCUGCUACUACUGCUGCUGGGCCUGGCGGGGCUCGCGCUGCUCGCGCGCUGCCAGGACCCCGAGCCCGAGCGGGACCUGCGCGCUGAAACCAUUGGAAAUGAGGAAGCUGACGAUGAAGAUGAUGACGACGAUGAUGAUGAUGACGAUGAUUCUGAAGUUAAAGAAGAAAAUGGUGUUUUAGUUCUGAAUGAUGCAAACUUUGAUACCUUUACAGCAGACAAAGACACUGUGCUGUUAGAGUUCUACGCGCCAUGGUGUGGGCAUUGCAAGCAGUUUGCUCCAGAAUAUGAAAAGAUAGCAAAAACUCUGAAAGAAAAUGAUCCUCCUAUUCCAGUUGCCAAAGUGGAUGCUACAGCAGCUACUGCUCUGGCAAGUCGUUUUGAUGUUAGCGGCUAUCCAACGAUCAAAAUUUUGAAGAAGGGCCAACCGGUUGAUUAUGAUGGGUCCCGAACAGAAGAUGCAAUUGUCGCUAAGGUCAAAGAGGUUUCUGAUCCAAAUUGGACCCCUCCACCAGAAGCUACGCUCGUACUGACCCAAGAUAACUUCAGUGAAGUAGUAAAUGAUGCUGACAUAAUUUUGGUGGAGUUCUAUGCCCCAUGGUGUGGGCACUGUAAAAGACUUGCUCCAGAGUAUGAAAAAGCAGCCCAGGAGCUCAGCAAACGCACACCACCUAUCCCCCUGGCAAAAGUGGAUGCCACUGCUGAAACAGAACUUGCCAAGAAGUUUGAUGUCACUGGUUACCCAACUCUGAAAAUAUUCCGCAAGGGCAAGCCUUAUGACUACAAUGGCCCACGAGAAAAAUAUGGUAUUGUUGAUUAUAUGAUCGAACAAGCUGGUCCUCCAUCCAAACAGAUUCAGGCUACCAAACAGGUACAAGAAUUUCUGAAGGAUGGAGAUGAUGUCAUCAUCAUUGGUGUGUUUAGUGGAGAGACGGACAAAUCCUAUCAGCUGUAUCAGGAGGCUGCUAAUAGCCUAAGAGAAGACUACAAGUUCCACCACACCUUCAGCAGUGAGAUUAUAAAAUUCUUGAAAGUCUCUCCUGGAAAACUCGUGGUCAUGCAGCCUGAAAAAUUUCAGUCAAAAUAUGAGCCAAAAAUGCACGUAUUGGAUUUUAAAGAUUCUACUGACAGGUCUGAGAUAACGGAUCAUGUGACAAAGCAUGCUUUGCCUCUGGUUGGUCAUCGCAAGACCUCGAAUGAUGCUAAGAGGUACACUAAGCGACCUCUAGUGGUUGUCUACUAUACUGUAGAUUUCAGUUUUGAUUAUCGUGUUGCUACCCAAUACUGGAGAAGCAAAGUCUUGGAGGUGGCUAAAGACUUCCCUGAAUACACUUUUGCCAUUUCUGAUGAGGAAGAUUACUCUUCUGAAAUAAAAGAUCUGGGCUUGAUUGAAAGUGGGGAGGAUGUUAAUGCUGCAAUCUUGGAUGAGGGUGGCAAGAAAUAUGCCAUGGAACCAGAAGAGUUUGACUCGGAUGUACUCAAGCAGUUUGUUCGCGCAUUCAAAAAAGGAAAACUAAAACCUGUCGUGAAAUCUCAGCCAAUACCAAAAAACAACAAAGGUCCGGUCAAAGUUGUGGUGGGGAAAACAUUUGACACCAUAGUAAUGGAUCCAAAAAAUGAUGUCCUCAUAGAAUUCUAUGCUCCGUGGUGUGGACAUUGCAAGCAGCUUGAACCUAUAUACACUGAACUGGGUAAAAAAUACAAGAACCAGAAAAACCUGGUCAUAGCCAAGAUGGAUGCUACUGCCAAUGAUGUGACAAGUGAUCGCUACAAAGUGGAAGGAUUUCCCACCAUCUAUUUUGCUGCAAGCAACAAGAAAAACAGCCCUAUUAAAUUUGAAGGCGGGGAAAGAGAUUUAGACCAUUUAAGCAAAUUUAUAGAGGAGCAUGCAACAAAACUGACCAGAGAAAAAGAAGAGCUUUAGAUGAGAUGGGGGGUGGAGAAAGAAGAGAAUAAUUUGUACGUCGUAGUUAAAACAAGUUACUGACGCAAUUUGUUGUGGGAAAAAUUUGGCCGUUUUGAGCAAAGUGGAUUUCUGGGCAGUAAAACAAUUGCAGUAUCUCUUGGGUUUUUUUUCUAUUGCAAAAAGAAAAAAAUCUUUCUGGACAUUGAACUGCUAUCUGACAUGAAUGUCUUUGUUAGUUAUGAUUUUGAUCUCUGAAGAAAAAAUACAUGCUUUAUUUUUUGUGACUAUUUUGAGCUUGAUUCUUUUUGAUUAUAAAUGCAACUCUUUUUUAACUUAAAAGAUUUACCAAAUAAGUCUACCAAACAGGUUGGUUUCUGUCUCUUCCUUUAAAGUAUUAACUGUUUUUGAGUUUGAAUUAAUGUGUUUCUGUAUAUCCACUCAGAUGACUGUAUCACUUGUUUUUGAGGCCCAGAAAAGAAAUUUUAAGUGGUGACAUCUCUUAAAUUCGUGUUAAGGUUAGAUACAAAGGCCUAUCUCAUUUUGGAUUGUGGGUGGCUCCGUGGAAAAUGGAAGUAAUCCUAAAAUAAUGAGCAUGGAUCUGUUUUUGGUAGUUGGCAUCUUUUACCAAACUCUAUGCCCCCUCCUUAUUUCUAAAGUCCCCUGUUUUGGGAGUGUUUCUAGUACUGGGAGCGCAACGGCUUGACAUAACAGUAUAUCCUGCCUUGAUUAGUACUGUGUUCUGAUUUCUGAAAAAAAUUACAUCCUUUGUAUGUGUGUAUCUGAGUAUAUUGCUCAGUUUUUUAAAUGUGAAGAGUUUCAUUCCAAUUGGCAGCAGGUUAAUACCAUAUUUUCGUACAGGCAACAUGCCUUCUUUCCUCUCCUUCCCCUCACCCUUAAAGUGGGCUGUGUCUCCUGAGUAGAGAAGCUGUUUUCUACUGGAAAACAAGUAUGCCUGAAGACAGCUGACAAGAAGACUGCCACUUGUGUCUGGUUUAUUUAGCUGAAGAGAGCAUGUCCUAUAUUAAUAUUCUCAUAGCUGCAGCUAUUGCCUGUGCACUGUAGCUUGGGCCUGAAGCAAUAGCAGGUGAGCUGCAGGUAGUAUCUUGAUGAGUCUUGUGAUGUGGAAACUAUUUUUACAGGAACUUUAUGUAAGAACUAACAGUCUUGCUACUGCCCUUGAAAGGGUCUGGGGCUAAUCUUGUGUGACAGUCAGUCACCCUGGGACAGUCUGGGUGAAGCAACAGGACCUUCCUGGUGUGGUAGGAAAUGCCUGCUGCCUCACCAAGACCCGUCUCCUGGGGCCACAUUUUCUGGGCACUGUUCACAGGAGGAUGUACUCUGUUAUAGUUGGCUUUGCCAUUGACUCUGACUCUGGAGAAAUCCUUCUUUUCCCCUUUCUACUCCCCCACUUUCCACAUUCCAAAAAUAAGAUGCAUUUUUUAAUUUGGAGGUGCGUUGUAUGUAGAAAAAAUACAGUAUAUGCAUGUA